AUGAUUAUAAUUGUUAUUUGUGUUUGCAGUUUAAUAAUAAUGAACUAUCUUUAUUGUGAAGAUAAAAUUUUUGCUGAUGAUUAUUAUUAUUGUUGUAACACAAUAAGUUAA